ACGUCCAUGAGACCAAAAUCUCUGUCGCUACAGGUGUAGUGUAUUAAAAUACUCCUUAGGAAUGUGCUACUUAGGGUGCACUGAGCGUGCUCGGUACAUCUGCUGAAGCCACUGCCCUUCACCUUGUCCUUAUUAGUCGUAAGUUUCUGCGGACUACUUUUGAGAGGGGUUAAAAAGUGACAAAAGGGGCGAAUCGGAGGAGGGGGGUGACCAGGGUCUGAGCAGGGGGUGAAAAUUUACUGGUCUGGUGGGUCAAACAGCUGGAGGCAACAUUAGGGGAGGGGCUAAAGGGCAAAAUCAGAAAGGGGGGGGAGGCAGAGUUAAGCCCAGGAGUGAGGUGGUGUCAGAGGGCAAAACCCUGGUACAAGCAGGGGCAGAGGGGGUAGCAGUUACCCCCGUGGCACUGAGAUAACAGUGCUUUGUAAACUGGAGAGCAGUGGGUUAAAAGCAGAUGCAGCAGAAGGAAAAACGGAAGUUCUUUCUUUAUAGAGGAAAAAAAGCCCAGCUCUGAGAUCGCUGCUCAGCCAUCCCUCCUACACUGAAGACGGGGUCCCAGUCCCAUUCAGUACCUGCGCAUGCUGCCUUUCCGCUAGCUGAAUUGCAGCUGCAACCCUUCCGCUAGUGUUUGUAUGCGCAGUGACAGGGUUAAACCACAGAGCUCAUACGCCUUUGUAGAGAGGACCAGGAACUACUGCAAGGGGGGAAAUUAAUAUAAAAGGAACUUCCUGUCCCCAACUCUUUGCCCUCCUCACUUGUAACUUAGCCCACUGCAGCAAUUGUGCAUUAGAGUUGCGUGGCUGAAUCCGUUUCCAAAGAAGCAUCGGCCCCAAACAAGGAGGUUUCUCUGGUCCCACAUGCUGCCAGCCCAGCGAGGAGGCAGGCAACCCAGCUCCUUCUCCAGCUGUUCCCAGGCUGGGGAAGAUAAUGAUCCAAACAGUGGACCAAAUUCAAUGAUGAAUCCUGGUCACAUGCCCCCUGUGGGACAUUGCACAUAUGCUAAGAAGACUCAUUACAGCCAUCUCCAUUGAAGCCAGGAGAGGGAGAGAGAACAAGCAGUAACUACUGGGAGCUUUAGGAAUAGGAACUGGGACCCAUUACAGGACUUAAGCCUGCAGGAAGCACCUUUUGUGAGUGAAUUUCACUUGGACCAAUAAAGCCAUCUAGAUUUGUUUAAAUAGUUCAUCUCCAGAGUGUGAGAUGCAAGCCUACAAAUCAUCAAACCAUUACAAAAAGUAUGUGCAGCAGGAAAUGGUUAGUGGAGCUGAUCCUAACUAUGGGAUGCUAAGGAUGAAUGUUUUUCACCAAGCAUACAAGUGAGAUGCAGAACUGAGACAACUAGAGCAUAGGCCCAAGCUGGAGUAACCUCACAAAGACAGACCAGACAUGCAGCUGUGAGUAACUGCAUCUGUGCGCCUUCAGUUACAGACACUGACAAACUGAGUGGUGCAAUCUGAAGUAAAGAUGGAGGAGCAAAACGUAUUCAGCCAUCGACCAGCAGCGGAAACAGAGCAAGCAAAAAAUGCACCCACACUAUCCCUAUCUGGGACAGUUGACUCCAGUAAUGAUAGGGAAGCCACUCCGCAACAGUACAGCAUCAGCAUGGAGAAGCACUGCAGACACUUUAGACAGUUCUGCUAUCAGGAAGCAGAAGGACCCCAAGAGGUUUACAGCCGACUCUGUGAACUUUCCCAUCUGUGGCUGCAGCUGGGUCUCCAUACAAAAGAGCAGAUCAUCGAGCUGCUGGUUCUUGAGCAAUUCCUGACCAUCUCGCCUGAGGGAAUCCAGACAUGGGCCCAGAGAUUUCAUUCAGAAACACGUUCCAGUGACACUGGAAGACGUGGCUGUGUAUUUCACCAAGAAGGACUGGGGUCAUCUGGACAAAAGGCAGAGGGAGCUCUACACGAAUGUCAUGCAGAAGAAUUUGAAGUCUUCUCUCUGGGAUUUGAGACUCCAAAACCUGAUGUGAACUCUCAGAUGGAAACGAGGAAGAGUCUUGCAUCCCAGAUUGUCAGGAUGCCAGAGAAAGGGAAUAGCAAGGGGAGGCAUAGGUCAGAAAUGAAAUGCUUUGGCAGAGCAGUGAAGAGAGGGAGAGCCCAGGACUGGAACAGCAGGGGGUGCUGUAUGUCUGGAUUCUCAUUCUGUUCCAGCAGGUAUGGGAACAUGAAUGAAAAUGAGGAGGAAGAUCCUCAGCAGGAAGGUCCCAAGCCAGUGGAAGCCCCUGGGACAUUAUCAGACUUUUUCAUAAGGGAAGCUUUUCCGAGUUCUGACCAGGACAAAACCUGUGAAAGGCAGGAGAUAUGUUCUCCAGAGGAGAGACAGGAAAAACCUAUUCGUUGUGAAAGAGGCUUCAGGAAACGCAAAGACACCAUCGUUCACCAGAAAACUCUCCUGGGCGAGAAGCCUUACAUAUGUAUUGAAUGUGGGCAGAGCUUCAACCGGAGCUCGGACCUCAUCCGCCAUCAGCGGAUCCACACUGGCGAGAAACCCUAUGUGUGCACCGAGUGCGGGAAAAGCUUCAGCCGGCGCUCGCACCUUAUCCAGCACCAGAGAAUCCACACGGGGGAGAGACCCUACCAAUGCAAAGACUGUGGGAAGAGCUUCAGCCAGAGCACGCAUCUUGUGCAGCACCAAAGGAACCACACCGGAGAGAGGCCCUAUGUGUGUGCAAAGUGUGGGAGGAACUUUUACCAGAACUCGGGGCUCAUCAGACAUGCCAACUUCCACACAGGUGAGAAGCCCUACAAAUGCCCCGAGUGUGGGAAAUGCUUCAGUGACAGCUCCAACCUCAUCGCGCACCAGCGGCUGCACACAGGCGAGAAGCCCUACAAAUGCACGGACUGUGACAAAUGCUUCAGUGAGAGCUCCAAGCUGAUCAUCCACCGCCGGACCCACACGGGAGAGAAGCCCUACAUGUGUCCUGAGUGCGGGAAGAGCUUCAGCCAGAGAUCCCACCUUGUCCAGCACCGCAGGACGCACACAGGAGAGAAACCAUACAAGUGCUCCGAGUGUGGGACGAGCUUCAGCGACAACUCCACCCUGAUCCGGCACCGCAGGACACACACUGGGGAGAAGCCCUUCAAAUGUGCGCAGUGUGGGAAGAGCUUCAGCCGCAAUUCGUACUUAGUGUCGCAUCAGAGAGUGCACGUAUGGUAGGGAGCAGCAGUGGCUCGGUCCCUGGGCAAGUAUGGUACCAUGCAGGCACAUGAAACAGCUGCAGCGACUGGGGGUGUGGGUGACUGAAUCAAAGAGGAGGGUGGAACACAUUCCUGGGAUGACAGGCAAUGUUUGGGGUCACAGAGUGGUGGGAGCCAAGGAGCUGUGUGCUGGAACAUGGAUGGAUCAGUCUGGAAUCUCAGACCUGGCAGGUGAUGAAAUGACAAGGUCAAUUUUCCUGUUUGUUUUGGUGUUUGUUCCUUUUUUAAAUUAUUUUAUUUUGAAGUGAAGGAAAAAAUGCCAAGCGGUUAUUUGGCUCUUGGUCACAUCUGCAGCUUAUAAGAUUGUGGCACGCAACUUGCAGCCUUCUGGUGACACCUCAGUUUUGCAGAAUUUAAGUUCUCCUCUCUGUGCCUAUAUUAAGUUUGUAGACCUUACAGUUGUGAAGAAUGACUUCAGAAUGUGAUCCAACAUAGUGCUAAUAACUGCCUGCAUCUACAGGCAAAUAAGCGGGAAACCACUCCAAGAGAUGCUCCGCUCUUCUGUUUAGGGUGCUACAUUGAAGACUCACCAUGAAACAUGUAAAUUGUAAUAUAUUUGACUGUUUUACUGCUAGUUAUUUUAGCAAAAGAAUCAAGCUCAUGUGUUUAUCCAGCAUGGCUGGAUAUCCUAGAUAUUAGGAAUAGAGAAGACAUAUUAGUUCUGUGAUGUGCUUAUUAUUUCUGUAAUUGGCUCCAUGGCUUCACAAUAUCUCCAGAAGGGUGGAGUACUAGUGAGAGCCAAUGGAGGGUCUGGGGGGCAGGAAAAUAAAGAACUCCUGUGUGUGCUAAAGCUACAGAGCAGAUCCAGGAGUUUGAGCAAUUGCUAGCCAAGAAAGCUUAUGAAAGGCUCAUUCUGUAGCUAGCUCGGCAAAACUUGCCACUCUCUAAGGGAUCAGAACUCUCUGGGAGCCUGAAGCCACUUCUGGGCUCUCAACAGAUGACAAAAUAUUAUUUUAAUGUAUUUUGAAAUAUUAAACUUUGAGGGGAGCAGGGAACUUGCUUGCAACUCCUGGAGGAGCACGGACCUUUGUUUCCUGCUGCUCGAGGAAGUGGAGGAAUGUUCUGGAGUGGAUGCCUUUCUCUGAAGCUGCAUGGGAUCUGAGGCUUUUGCUUGCAACUGCAAGUAUUUUCCAUGGACAACUUCAGACCAAUGGGUUUUUGGUUUUAACUUCCCAACAAAUGCUCCAGAUAUCUGAUUGAGAGAGUCAGACAGAUGCUGGAUGGAUCCAGAAAUUCCAGGACUCAUUUGCUCGACGUACUUUCAAAGGGCAUACAUGCUUUUCAAUUUGCAGUCUCAAAGAUUAAGCCAAAGUUCAGCUAAAGUUGACUGACUUUUAACGGUCUGCUCUUUUCACAUCCAAAUUUGAUGAAGGAAACAUACUGAACCUUGGUAAAUGCCUGCUGCAUGGCCGAUCUGACAGCACUCUAGAAUUCAGUGAUGGGGACUGCAGUUUGGGGUAGUUCCAGUAAAUGGAACUUUUCUGUUAUGAAUCUGAAUAAAUCAAAACACUGCAGCCAAUUAAUGGACUCAAGCCAGCAACUCCUAAUGCUCAAGACCAACUCAAAGGAAAACCCUGGCAUCAAGAAUUUGGUCUCAGAGAAGCAAUGGCACUUUCCUCACUGAAAACUCCUUUCCCUGCAGUCCUCUGAGCAUAUGUUGUCCUUCUAUGUGCUUUGUACAUUUAACAGUGCUCUCUAAAUUAAAAAUAACUGUGUGCAUUUAUUUCUGAUUAAAAUCUUUAUGUAUACUUAUUUAAAAUUGUGUGCAGAUUCGGUGUGGUCUUAGGGCUCAGGGCCCAUUGCCAGAGCUGCUAAGGUUGUUCACCACUCUUAUGAAGACACUGUAAUCUGUGUCUUUGGAAUUUCCUUUGUGCCUCAUACUGGAUUUAUUUCCCCUGUUCAUUGCCACACAGCUGAAAUCAUUAGCUUCCCCACAUCCUGUCCUUCCCAUAGUGAUCUAGCUGUCAAAGGGCGAUUUGGGCACUGCCAUUUCUUUGCUCAUAUAGCGGUUACCAUAUGUGUUCCUCUUCCAGAAGGACUUUAAUCUCUACCGAGGGCACAGAGCCUCACAGGCAGAAUGCAGGAGAGAGUAGUAUGUGUAAAGUUAAGAGGUUGCUGAGAGCUGGAAAGCCUGCUCCCAAACUGCUGGAUAUAUGGACUUUUGCAGACAGGAGUGCAGCCUGUCUCCUCCCUAGUAGCUUCUUUACAAUUUGUCUCCUCUCUCUGGAUCAUAUUUAGCUACUAUUGGAAGAACCUUGGUAAAUGGUAAAAUUUCUUAUUUAAACAGAAAUUCCAUGGAGAUUGUCUAAAGUUCUGGCCAUACUCCAUCCCAGGUAUUGGUUCCUAUCAGGUGCCCAGGUCCUUCUGUCAGUUUAAUGGUGCUUUUUAGAAUACUCUAGCUUCCUAUUGUGUUACUGGUGCUUAGAAACCACAGUGAUACCAAGACACCUUAGAAGUACCUAAAAAAGAUUGAUUAAUGGAUUAAUAAUGUCUCUGAAAUAAAAUCU